AUGAGAUUUCGCUGCCUGACCCCUGGCUACUUCCGGGUGCUACAGAUGCAGGUGGCUGGGGAGCUGAAGGCGGAGCCCCGGAGUCCGCUGGUUGGGAUUGUGGCUACGAUGCUGGCUGUCCUCGGGUUAGGCGGCUCCUGCUAUGCCGUGUGGAAGAUGGUGAAGCAGCGGCAACCAUCACAGGCCCCGUGA